AUGUUCGCAGCUCGCCUCGGCCCGCUCCUCGCCAUGUCGUGGUACGACUCGCCCUCGGCCCCGAGCCCCUCGCCGACCUCCCCGACACCGCGACUCCGCGCACGCACGACACUCCAGCGGCUCUCGCACGCCUCCCUCACGGCCAUCUUCUUCACCGUGCUCGCAAAGCUAGGCUACCUCGUCUUCAUGGGCGAGACGAUCCUCGCCGAGUUCUUCCACGCCGUGUUCCUUCUCGGCCUGGCGGCGCAGAUCGUCCUGGCGUGGUGCGGGCUCGGGUACGCGCUGUACCGCCGCCAAACGCCCAUGCGCCGCUGGAUCAUCCAGCUCGCCGUCCUCCUUUCCUGGGACCAGAUCGCUGGCCCUGCAGUGCUGGUUAGCGCGCGGCGCAUGCAGCGACAGCUGGCAGCUCACACAUCCGGCAUGGCGGACGCCAAGCUCGGUUGGGAGCAGCAGCCUGGUGAGAACGGGUGGACAGAGACGGACGACUACUGGGCCCCCGAGCUCGGCAACGACGCCAAGCACCUCGGCGGCCAGCCGCUGCUGCAUCUCAAGCCAGGCACAUUCCUGUUCAUCAUCUCGUUCGUGGCGCUCGUCGGGUACGGCGGCUACCGCAUGGCAGAGCGAGUGUACGCCAACCCCCGGGACGACUCGGACUCGUUUUCUGAAGCCGGCUCGGUCGAGGAGCAGGUGGAGAAGAUGCGUCUCGACUAG